UGGCGUCAUCGUCACGUCAACUGCCCGGCAACGCACAAGGACCAUCGACAGUAAUGGGUGGAGGGGUGAGCGUGGAGAUAAGUGGAUAUCCGUCACCCGAUACCGACCAAAUGAUACCCUUCAAGCCGAAAAUCAACACGAUAGCGAGCUACCAUCCGGUCCCAGGGGGUAUAUUCCCGCCCCCGCAAGCCGCAGCGCAUCUGAUGCAACUCCUGCCGCCGCCGUGGUGUUUUAAUGGGCCGUUCGUAUCGAUUGAUUUACUGAUGGAAAGCCUGCUGAAAUUUGGGCAGACUGCGCCUCCAACAGUGGAUCCAACUCAAAAAUUAGAAAAU